GGGAAAUGUCGUCGCUUGUCAGGUCCCUGGCGUCGCUCUACUGCCAGGGGCUCCGGCGAACCGUCCGUCUCGGCGCGGGAGCACCGCCGCCGCCGGCGUUGGAUCAACGGAGGCCCUUCCUGUCCAAGGUGGAGCGCACGGAGGCCGGCGGCGCGACACGGUCGCCGCCGCGGCGCCAGAAGGAUGGAGAACGAACGCCUCUCCUCACCUGGGCAAGAUUGGCCAUCGCCUCCGCCGUCGCCGCCAUGGCGCCGUUCCUGCAGUCCAAGUGGGCGGCGCUCCUGCGAAUCCAAAGUGAGAUGGAGAUGGUGAAAGACGCCGCGGAGAUGGCGGCAGAGGUGGCGGAGGAGGUGGCCGUGGCGGCCGAGAGGGCGUCGGCGGAGGUGGCGGAGCAGCUGCCGGAGAACGGGCGGCUGCGGCGGGCGGCGGUGCUGGUGGAGCAGGCGUCCAAGGAGGUCGCGGAGGAGGCUCAUCUCGCCCAGGACAUCAUCCACAAGGUUGAGGAAAUCGAGGAGGACGUGAAGGCGAUGAUCGAGCCGAUUAUAGAUGCUCACAAGCAUAAACCCACCAUUAAGAAACACUAAAACUUUCAGACUUUCAACUUUAGUUCAAACCUGCGAAUUGUACAUAGUGUUUGUGCAAACCGACUCAAAUUGUGUUAUUUGAAAAUGGUUAACUGUAUUGCUAUUCUCUUUAUUAAUCUGAACAAGUAGACUACAAGGAUUUCACUUUAGUUGUCCUGAAAAUUAUUUCAGUUGAUGUUCUUAUGUUCAUGAAAUGUAAAAAAAAAAAGAGAAAAUUUUAAACCAAUUGUACAUACUGUUUGCUCAAACCGGCUCAAAUUAUGUUAUUUGAAUCGGUUAACUUGUAUUGCUAUUCUCU